UCGGUGAAGGAAAGAAGAAGAACGCAGCGUGCGCUGUUGAGCCGCUUGUGUUUAUUUCUACAUCUUAUACAAACAAAGUGUUUAUGUGCACGAAGGUGAAGCCUCGGAUGCUGCUGCUGCUGCUUCACUCCGCAUGGACAUGUUGAGUGUGGACUCGCUGCCAGUGGCCGAGGAGGAAGUAGUGGAGUCCAGCUCCAACAAACUGGGAGAUGUUUACACUUUUCUGGCCAAAGGCAGUUUCCCACAGAGCAUGAGUGUUCUCCGCAGGAAGAACCUGAAGAGGUACGCGCGGAAAUUCACCAUUGACGAGGGCAAGCUGUACUACAUGGGUCUCAAAAGAGAAGAGAAGAGGGAGGUUGUGAUCGAGGCUGAGCAGAAGAGGCACAUUUUCCUCGACUGCCACUUCAAUGACAUCGGUCACCACCUGGGCCAGAAGAAGACGGUGCAGAGGAUCCAGAGCAAAUACUACUGGCUGGGCAUCAUCAAGGAUGUCGUCGACUGGAUUAAACUGUGUGAGACCUGUCAGCAUGCUGAGAAGAACAAGAGCCUAGCGAGGACCGUUCGGCCCAUUAAAGUGGACGCACCGUGGGAUAUCGUCGGAAUCGACAUCAUUGGUCCAUUUCUGAAGUCUCAUCUCGGAAACACCAGCGUUGUCAUUCUCAUCGACUACUUCAGCAAAUGGCCCGAGGUGUUUCCGGUCCAGAGGACGGAUGCUGUGUCGGUGGCGCGGUGCAUUUCUAAAUGCACACACAGGUUUGGAGCCAUGAAGACGCUUGUCUGCACACAGAGCAAGGAGUUCUGUGAUGAGGUGACAAACGUGCUGUGUAUUAGAUUCAGCUCAACGCUGAAGGUCUCAGCUCUGGAGCAGCUCAACCCGCUCCACGACUGCACGAGAGCGCUCCUAAAAGAAGCCAUUAUGGAGAUGGUCUCGAAGAAGCAGGCGGACUGGGACGACGGCCUGGACCCACUCUUGUUUCUGUUCAGAACCUCCAUCAACCCCACCACCAAGUUCAGCCCGUAUUUCCUGAUGUUCAACAGGACGGCCAGCACACUCACAGAGAACUGUGACGGCCUGCUGAGUUACGACGAUCGUGAAGAAUAUUCGACAAAAGAGAAGGUUUCUGCUUGUGUGAUGGUGAUGGAGCAGCAGCAGAAUACAGUAAAGCAGCUGGUGCUAGCCAACAUGAAUGCAGCCUACAAACAAGAAAAGAAGAAGAACGCCAAGCGGCGGAUGUGCAAGGUCACAGACUCCAUGUACAGCGCUGGAGCGUCUCCGUGUCCGAAGAAGCUCAAGGAGAGUUUGUAUCUGUCCUUUCCUGCGGAGACGGUGCUGGCUAGAGAACAGAACAGCUCCAAAGACAUGAAGACCGAGUUGACCUAUCACUUGACUGACUCGGACGUCCACUCGGGAUGAAGUCUCACGUAGACCUGCGGGCCGGUCCUGCAUAAGCUGCAUAAGCCUUCAAGAAUAGUUUCUUGUGAAUUCUGAUUUAUUUAUUUCCAUUUUGCUAUAUGAG